AUGUCUCUUGCUCAUGACGAUCAUGAGCACGACCUGCAAAUGCCCCUCGACUAUGUGAAGUUCCCAUACCAAGCUGUUUACUAUCCUGGCGAUAACGAUGUCACUGCGGACUCCGUGUUCUCUGGUAUUGCCACGUUUGCCAAGCUGCCAUGGGUCCAGUGCCUGGGCAAGGACAAGACCGACUCGUUCGAUAUCGCAUUCAUCGGGGCGCCCUUCGAUACCGGUACCUCUUACCGGCCCGGUGCGCGAUUCGGACCAGCUGGAAUCCGUGCUGGUUCGCGUCGUUUGACUCUCUACGGCGGCUACAACGUUCCUCUCGCCGUCAACCCUUUCCUCAGCGGUCUCAAGAUCGUUGAUUGUGGGGACAUCCCUGUAACACCUUACGAUAACAAGGUCGCAAUCAGACAAAUCGAAGAUGGUCACAGGGACCUUCUUCAUCGUCCGACGUUCUCACCCCUCGGAAACGACUCUUCUACCGGAAAACCUCUCAUUCCUAUCUCAACCGACGGCAAACAUCAUCCCCGCAUCAUCACUCUGGGCGGGGACCAUACAAUCGUCCUCCCGCUACUUCGUUCUAUCUAUAGUGCUUACGGUCAGAUAUCUGUCAUUCAUUUCGAUAGCCAUCUGGACACCUGGAAGCCGCAGGUGUUCGGUGGUGCGCCCUCGGAUCAGGCCGCUAUCAAUCACGGCACGUACUUCUACUGGGCCAGUCAGGAGGGACUCAUCAAAAACGGCUCUUCGAUUGCAAGUAUCCAUGGCGCCAUUCGCACGACACUGUCUGGUCCAGCUGACUAUGCAAACGAUGACGCAUCCGGCUUCCAGCGUAUCGAAGCCAGGGAGAUAGACACCAUAGGAACCGACGGAAUCAUCAAGAAAAUACGCGAGACGGUGGGAGAUAAGCCAGUGUAUCUGUCGAUCGACAUUGACUCCAUCGACCCUGCAUUCGCACCUGCCACCGGUACUCCCGAGACUGGAGGCUGGUCCACACGUGAGCUGCGGACGAUUUUGAGGGGUCUCGAUGGCUUGCAUAUUGUCUCUGCCGAUAUUGUCGAGGUGGCACCGGCGUACGACACCAACGCCGAGUUGACUACCAUGGCUGCAGCUGACGUCUUGUACGAGGUUUUGAGCGUCAUGGCCAAAACUCCCUUAGGUAAGGUCGCAGAGUAG